UAGUCACUGUUUCAUCCAGAAGCGGCAUCGGACGCGGAUUUUCCUUACGGAUUUGUAAACAAAUCUGUUUAAAAAAACUGUCAAAAGGGUUUAAACUAUUGGCUAUCAAUCGUUCUCAGCUUGGGUCAUGGUAUAGUUUGCCUGCUAAAAAUUUUGAAGCCAGUUAGUAAACACGUUUAUCGGGUCUUAAGAGGUUCAAUGUUUUGCAAUUGAAACAAAUAAAAAAACUCUGAUAAAAUGAUGGAAAUAAGUCAAAAUACGGAAUUAAAAGAACUGUCAACAGAAGGCGCAAUCAUGGGAGCAAUCCAAGAAGAACUCAAUGAUGAUGCCAGUCCCAGUGAAAUCGGCAAUGGAUCGAGACGGUCGUCCAGGGAUGACGAAGAUUUAAAGGAAUUGACUAAUGGCAGCGAAGCAAUAGCCAUCGCCUGUCUUAAGAGCGUCAAAGCUGAUGAUAAAUUGACAGUAGGCUUGGAAGAAAAACGAAACGCUGGAAAUGACUUGGACGCUUUGCUGGAUAAAAUCAGUUCAAUUGUGGAUUGCCCCAAGGAUUCGCCAGAUUCCGAAGAAGAGGCUGUGCAAGAGCCUGAGGCGACAGUCGUUGAGAUGCCAACAGUCGAUGGCGAUAAGGAAAAGGAAAUCAACCCUGCUGUCGUCAAGGAAAACACAGCUGAUACAGAAGAAGAAGAGAAAAAAGCUGCCGCGGGUGAAAGCAGCGUGACGCGCGAUUCGGUGGAGAAAAUCCAAACUGAAGAUAGUGCGGAAGCGAUUGAAGAUCCCGUGCAAGACCAGAAAGAUACUGAAGAGCUCAAGGACUCCGCUGAAGCUGAAAACGAUGGCGAGUCCUUGGAAAAAGUGUUAGACAACAAAGAAGAGUCCGAGUCAGUGAAGGAAAUUGAAGAAGAAGAAGCAUCACAUGUGGAAACAUCUGCAGAGAAAACCAAUGGGGAUAGUUGUGACGCCGAGAGCAAGGCAAAGCUAAACCAAUCUACGGAUGAUAUCUUUAUGGAUGCCCUGGACAGCAUUUCGAGCUUAGAUGAUUUUGGGGCCACUUGUUCCCAGGAAUUGAAGAAGACGCAGACAUCCGAAGAGAAACCCGCUAAGGCGCCCAAGACUAAAGUGAUUUCUCGUGAAAGUCUAGCAAAUGAUCUGGAUGACAUUUCCUCAGAUGAGGAUAUUCUCAAAGAAAAGACCCCUGAUAAGGAUCCCUCCAGUAUACCAGUCAUCGAUUUAGAUUCAUCGGAUGAGUGUAUUGUUUGCGAGGAUAGAGUUGCCAAUUUAGCUGAAGAUCAGAAAAAGGUUACAGAUGAGAUUACUGAAAAUAAGGAGGAAGAGAAGGACACCAAGGAGACCCUAGGAGAUACUACCUCAGCUGAGCCAAUGGACGUUGUCGAGGAAGAUAAAAAGAUAGCUGACCCCGAAGAUACUCAGCAGCCAGAGGAUGAAAGUCAGACGGAGGAAAGGAUGGAGACCACGAGUACCGUAGAUGAUAUGGCAAAAGAAGUAGCUGGAGAAACCGAUAAAGAUGCGGGCGAAAUGGCGGCAAAGGAGGCGGAAGAUAAAACUACAGAAGAGGACGAAAAGAAACCGACGACUAAUGGUGUCACAGAGAGAGAACCAGAGAUCCCACCCAAGACAUUGUCUGAUGGGAGGGGCAUGGAAUUGGAGUUGUACAAGGGAAAAAUAUCUCCCGAAGCAGCUGCCAAAGAUGCAGACUCGGAUGAUGAAGUAAUUUUCUUUGAACCUAUUGAAAAGCCCAAGGAUUCAGCAGAUCCAAAGGAAAAAAAAGAACUUAAAUCAGCAGUGUCCGGCAGUAUGGAAAAUGACAUAGUUUUGGUGUCGGAGGACGAAGAGGAGGAACUGCCUCCAAAGAAACCCGAAGAUAAGGGAACGAAGGGCUCCGAAAAGGAGUCCUCCUCGCUCACUCCAAAUGACUCCAACAUGAAUCCAACGGAGUCCGCUGCAAGCAAAGAUCUCCAAGCGGACAAUUCCGACAAUGCAUGCGAUCAAUUCGAGAAGAUAAAGCCACAAGAUAAGAUAAAGCCCACUGCCACGGAAGACGGAAACAGCAACUCGAGCAGCAAUCUCCUGUGUCCCGCUGAAGAUGUCGAAUCAGAUGGGCCCAAGGCUAGCACCGCCGAGAGAGCAAAUUCUGAUGUAGAAUCCGAGACGAAGCCCGAUGCGGAUGCGGAUACGGAGCCGAAGCAGUCACGCAUAUCCAACGAUGGCAACGAGACCGAAUCCAAUUCCACUGUGACCAAGCGUAGCCACGAUUCCUUAGACUCCAGCCCCGCGGAAGGAAAGGAGGGGAUUCCCAGUAAGAAACUCAGGACUGAUGACUCCGAUUCGAGUAGCUCCAAUGAUGGCACACUUCAAAUUGACUUGGAGGUACAGGAGAAAGAGGUGGACUCCGAUUUGGCCAAAAAGGAAGACCCAGUCAGCGUAAAGGACCAAAAGGAGCUAAAAUUGGAGCUAAAACCAGAGCCAGAGCGCCAAAUCGAUGUUAAGCCGCUGCGUCUGGAGUUCCUAAAGAGCUUUCGCAAGAGCUUUGACCAAAUGACUCGCAAUGAUCUGGAAGAACUCGUCCUCCAGAAGGUCGUUGAGAGUAUGAUGGUGAAAAGCGAGUUUGCGGAUAUCCGCUCCCAGCUGGACAAGUACGAGAAGACUCUUUCCAUCUAUCGUCGCAGGAUAGCGGAAGUAUCAAAACAGUUUCUCGACUUGGACACGGUGCACAAGCGGGUACUGAAGGAUCUGGAGACCAAGAAUGCACAUUUCACGGCCCCGGUGAGAAUUACACGAGCAGUUGGACUGCAAGUAGGUAUUCCUUUCAAGGUCAUGAAGCCGAAUGCUGCUCCCAGCGCUGGAGACCAGACACAUGCUGCGGGCAGUAUGUUGGCGCCUCCAAGUAGCACUCCUUCCAAGGCGAGCACAUCUCCUAUGCGAUCGCCGUUGCAGUCAAUGCGGGCAGCUGGUUCGGGCGCGAGUUCCAAUGCGCAUCAACAGCAACAGCAACAGAAUCAUCAAAAGCAAAACCAGCCGCAACUGCCACCGCAACGCUCCUCAGUUUCCUACAAUCAGUCUCCUGCUCCCACUGCCACUGCUCCUGCGCCUCCGGUACGCAGGGGAUGCAUGCAGAAGAUUACUCCACAGCGACCAGUCCCUGGAAUCGGAUUCCCAGCGGGCCAGGUGAACACCCAGUCCAACAAUUGUCGACUACAGAGCUCUCCCCCUGGAACUCAGAGGCCUAUGCAUGCCUCAAAGCACACAGGUAGCACUGCAUCGGCAGCUGCGAUGAGGAAUAGGAGUCCUUAUACGACGCAAAAGCAGCAAUAUCAAGCAACCCGCCCUGUUCCUGGUCCCAGUCCGGCUAAGCAGGGGCCAAAGUGUGCAACUAAAGUGCGCUCAUUGACUCCAAAGGGAACUGGUAUCGUCUCUGUACCCGUUUCCUCAACUAGCAGCAGUGGAGGACCAGGCGGCAGUGCUCUCAAUUAUGGCCAGCAGCAACCAAACCUGGCUCCAGCCAAGCCCAAGGAGAAGGCUGUAAUUGAUCUCACAGACGAAGACGAUGCUGCGGCAGCUAUGGCGGCUGCCGCUGCAGAGGUCAACGCACAUUUACGGCAGUCAUCCAACAUGGCCGUUAAGCGGAAUUCUCUGGGGGCAACGACGUCUGAGUCAAGAGCCACGGGAGGCCGUACAGCUGCUAGUGGAAAUACUGUGAGAUUGUCGCCCUUGCAAAUGCCAAGAGCCAAUGCCAGACAAAUAGUCACCAAUAACGGUGGAGGUCAGCGCAAUUCCCUUGGAUCGAAUGUGACGAUGCAAAUUCGGUCGGAGAACACGCCGCCUGCCCCCACUCGCUUGAGGUACUCGCAUCCAGCGCCGCUGCCAUCAUCGCCUGCACAGCCCUUCAAUCCCGCCUGGAAGCUACCGCCGUCUCGGCCUCUCAUACGCAUCAGUCUUAUGGACACAGGUAUUGUCAUCUCCUGGAAUCUGGAGGAUGCGAGUAGCAGAUUUGCCGACUGCGUAACGUAUCAGAUAUUUGCGUACCAGGAGACUCUACAUGAGCCCAGCACCGAUUCCUGGAGGCACGUGGGCGAUGUCAAAGCCAUGCUGUUGCCCAUGGCUGUCACGCUCAAUCAGUUCCAAGAAAACCAGCGCUACUAUUUCGCUGUGCGUGGCGUCGAUGCUCAUCAGCGCUUCGGAUCAUUCAGUGUACCCAAGACCUGGUCGUAAUCAGGAUCAUAUUUUUAGAUUAAGACUAAAGUUAUAUGGUAAUUUAAUUUAUUUAUGGUGGCAUUUCAGCUUCUUUUAAUGUUUUUAUUCCCACAUGGAAAAUAUAUUUUUAUUUCUUAGUUAUAUCUGCAUCGGACCUAUCCGAUGAUGUUCCAAUUAGCCUGAAUAAUUAGCUUAGAUUUAAGGGCCCAUUUCUAUAUGUCAAGUUAAGAUUUAACAGUCGUGUAAACGGAUAAGUAGGUACUGAAAUUUAAUUCCGAGAAAAUUACGCUAAUUCGGAUAACAUUUAUCUUGUCAUAGGCCGGCCCAAAGUUUUUAAAAAAAGGAUUGAUUUUAUUUGAUUCAGAUAUUCCCGAUAAUUAAGUUCUAAACUUACAUGAAAUAUUACAAAUAUUGAAUAAAUUUCCAAUAAGCGAAACCUUGAUCGAGCAAAGAACUUAUGGUAUCUUUGAUGGUCGUAUCCGAAAAUGAUGGUAUUAUAAAAAGCGAUUUUAUUUUGAUUUUGCCAAUUUAAUCGGCGUCCUUGGCUACACCUUGCAUUUUCUAUAUACAUAUUCAAUGGGCGCGUUCACCAGGACCACUUGAUCAGCGAUCAGUGAUGGAUUUCUUAGGAUAGUACUGGUGAGCACACAUGAUUAGUGUUUUU